GCUCAUACGCUUAAAACCCCCUGAGAUGGGCUGUGCGCUCUUGGGCUCAAAAUAAAACCGCGCGACUGUAAUCAUAUUACAAAGAACUGCGUGAUCAGAGAUAAAAACAGCCGCCGCAUCCGUGGAUCUGACAGAUUGCCUGAUCAUCACUAAUGUUUGAGGACGUAGGAAGAAGGAACCAGUUGAGACACAAUGCCUAGGUCUUUCUUGGUGAAAAGCAAAAAAGCACACAGCUACCACCAGCCACGGUCUUUGGAGGAUGACUACAACAGACUUGAUACUAUUUUAGCUCAUAUAUGUGCAGAAAGCAAAACUUCAGAUGAGCGGGAGUGCUGUACGGAUGCCUUGACAAGCGACACGACUGGUGCUUGUUCACCGGAUUCUCACCUGGUGGACCCCGCUGAUCUUUCUUCCAAAUCUCCUCUCAGCUGCGGAGGAAGCUUGUGCGACACCUCCUCGGAUUACGACGACUUUUGGCGACCUCCAUCACCAUCAGCAUCACUGGGAGAGUCUGAAAAAUCCUUUUCACCCUCUGUUGAAGAAACACAGCCAUUUACCAUCCCCCUCAGGCCUUACGCAUGGAGCAGGUACUCGGGAUGUGAAAUCAGACAGCUGGUUCAGCACACCCUGAACCAUCACCAAUCUCUGGAUCUGGAGCGGCCUUCUCCACCAACCUAUUACAAUAACCGCAUGGUCGAGCCCUCACUUUUCACUGAACGAGGAUCUGGAGAGGGUAUUUACAGCAGUUAUGGCUCCACUGACACACUAUUCGAGCAUGCAACUUCCUCUGGACUUUAUGAUGACAGAAGCCUACUUGGAAAAGGAGCCGAGGUGAAGGCCAUCUCUAAUGUGAUGUGUAGUAGUCUCCUGCUAAAUGGCACCUACAAAUGUGUAAAAUGCAGCAAGGUGUUUUCUACACCACAUGGCUUGGAAGUUCACGUCCGGAGGUCUCAUAGUGGAACAAGACCUUUUGCUUGUGACAUCUGUGGGAAAACUUUCGGCCAUGUGGUCAGUCUGGAGCAACACAGAGCUGUUCACUCACAGGAAAGAAGCUUUGAUUGUAAAAUCUGCGGGAAAAGUUUUAAAAGAUCAUCCACUCUGUCCACUCAUCUUCUUAUACACUCUGAUACACGACCCUACCCGUGCCAGUACUGUGGAAAAAGGUUUCAUCAGAAAUCAGAUAUGAAGAAACACACAUUCAUCCACACAGGGGAAAAGCCACACAAAUGUCAAGUGUGUGGGAAAGCUUUCAGUCAGAGUUCCAAUCUGAUAACGCACAGUCGAAAACACACUGGAUUCAAACCGUUUGGAUGUGACCUCUGUGAAAAAGGCUUCCAGCGCAAGGUCGAUUUAAGAAGACACAAGGAAACACAACACGGACUGAAGUGAGGAAACAUGCCUUUAUGGACCCAUGACUUUACCAAACACUAUUAUACAACCCACUGGAACAUUCAUAAGCUUUUUCAUUUUAACAGGCUACAAAUGCUAUUCAUUAAACUUUAAAUCAGUGUUUGAAAGUAGGUGACUAAUAGUUUACAUUAGUUGUAGAGGGCUGUUUAUGCUUUGUGAGAGUUGCCUACGAGUCAGCAGCAGGCCAGCAGGUCUGGCAGCUUUCAUGACGAUGUUGUACAGCCUAUCACAGGAUAUCUCGACCCAAAUCAAUAGCCCGCUGCAAAAACUUGCCAGGCAUCGUGUCUGAACCCUAAAUAUUAUCACCAAAAUAAUCAAGGAAGAAAUAUAAGCGCCGCGAGAAAGGACACUGUAGGUUAUCACCCAGAAUAUCAGCUGAAGGAGAGAAAAAUCACCGCAUCUCAAAAGAAUGUCACUUUGUUUUCAAUGCUCCAAAGGGAAUGGUGGCAAAACAAGCACUACAACAGACUGCGUGAUUUGCUCUGUUAAAGGAUUGUUUGUGUACUAUAGACUUAUUGAUUUGGCAACUUGUUAGGCCUUUUCCAUUCAUUAUCAUUUUU